AUGCUUGAUCUUGUCCCCGGUGCUACUCGUACCUUGGCUGUUCUUCACGUUCUACCUUCUUGGACCUUUCCUCCCUCUCUCCGUGGGUCAGCAGCUUCUCCCGUUUCGCGCAUUGACUUCCCCGUUGCGCGUUUUCGCCUCCUCGAUACUCUCGCUAUGGCGCUUGCAUGCGCGCUGGUGGAGCGGGAGGCUCUGCCUCUCUCCCGCCGUCACCUACGCCCCUCGGAUUGCGGUGCUUCGUUGCCUUCGUUCUCCUCUGUUUCCCGACAGAUCUGUUGGACGUCUGAGCAGGAAGCGUCAGAAGCAAUACCCCAGCAGGGACUAGAAUCGCCUGUGCUUUCGCCGUUCCUUCGGCCGCUGCGAAUCGCCCCUUCACAGAUUCUCCUUCAUCUCCCUGCCCGCCUCUCUCCUCUCUCAUCGAGUGCUCAUUCCCGAGCUUCCUCGUCUACUCUGCUGCUGAGUUUUGAGGAACUAGCGACCCUCGUCCUCCCCAGAUCUUCCCUGAGUGCUGUGCAGGGUGCUCUGGAUUCUCUCGCUAGCAACAGGUCUACUUUCUCCGGCUCCUCUUCUCUCUCAUCGUCUACUUCGUCUUCGUUCUCUGAGUGGACAGAAGCAGUUCGAGACACAGAGGGAGCGCAUUCUGACGACGAGGAGCUCUGCUUUCUUCCAGGAUGUUUUCUCUUCUCUGCUGUCCGCAAGCGUCUUUCUCUCCCUUCCGAUCUGUCGUUUCGUCUGCUCCUCGGAAAGCGGGAGCUCCGAGGAAAUUCCCUCAUUCCUCUCUCUUCCCUCCUCGUUCCGACCUCUUCUGAGGAAAUAGAAGCCUCUCACUCGCCCCAGUCGGCCGCUCUGUAUCUCUUCUCUCCUGCGCGUCGUUCGACUUCUCAUUCGUCUGCUCCUCCGUCUCUCGCUUCUUCGCGCUCAUCUUCUCGACCUCUGUUUCGUCUCGCUCCUCUGCUCUCCGUACACCUGCUGUUUCCACUCGUGGGGGGAAAAGGCGGUUUCGGUGCUCUUCUGAAGAAACAGAGGAAGAAACAGUCGCGGGCAGCUCUGAAUUUCGACAUGAGCAGAGACCUCUCCGGCAGGCGCAUCCGCCAUGCGCAGGUGGUGGAGAAAAUCAAAGCGUGGAUCGCGAAGAAACAACAGGAAACGCGAGCUGUCGAACUGCUUGCCGAGCAGGCAGAAACCCUCACCCUCGAGGCUGAGACAAAGAAGAAGGAACCUGCGCCGACUCUCGAUGAAUCGUUCGUUCGUUCACUGAAGAGCAACUCAGAGCAGAUGCCCAUGCUGGUUGGAGAAGGUCUCAAGGAAGAGAAAGAGACGCAGAAGGCUCUGAGUCUGCAGAAGGAGCAGCAGAGAAGCAUAUCGCUUGCGAAGGUGAAGAAGCAGAGCAACUGGUUUCUUCAUCAGGAGAUGCUCGACGCAGAAGAGGAAGACGAGGAAGACGAGGAAGACGAGGAAGAGGACGAAGACGACGAGGAAGACGAGGAUGAGAGAGACGCACGCAGCGAUUCGACUGCUGUCACGGGGCCUCUCAGACCCCCGGCUUCUCGCCCAUCAGCUCAACAGGCUGCUGUGUCUGUGCGAGGACGAAAGACGCUCGUAACAUCCGGACUCUCUCGCCUUGCCAGCCUCUGUGGGAAAUCCCCUUCUUCUCCCUCCUCUUCGGCCUCUUCUUCCUCUUCAUGUUCGUCUUCUCUUUCUUCGUCGUCUUGUUCUUCACAAGUAUCGAGGAGAGAAGAGCAGACGAAAACGCGAAGCCAAGAAGAAGAAAAGGCGAAAGCAGAAGAAGAAAAGGCGAAAGCAGAAGCAGAAAAGGCGAAAGCAGAAGACGAAAACUGGACUCGAAAGGCGGAGAGCCUGGAUGUGCAUGCGUUUGCGACGGCUGAGGACCUUGAGAAGAACGUUCAUCCCGAAGUCCUCAAAAAGAAGCUGGCAAUGCUCGGGUGGAAAUGCGGAGGAAGACCAGCAGAGAGAGCUGCGCGGCUGUUUCUCCUCAAGUCGCUGAACGGGAAGCCUCCACCCAAGCACGUUCUCGCGGCGAAGAAGGAUGGAGGGCGAAACUAAAGACAAACAAUACAAAAACGUUUUUUUGUUCUCUCUCUCUCUCUCUAUAUAUAUAUAUAUAUAUUUGGGGUGUACAUACAUACCUCUACAUUAUGGAAGUAUAUCCGCAUUGCAUGUACUCUGGAAUUCGGUGAACGGGCAUGUCUGCGCACACCGUGACACGCGUCGCGUU